ACCGCGCAACCCGUGCCUCUUCUUCUUCUGCGACGUCAGCGCCCAAAGCCUCUUGUUUGUACGAGCAGCUCGACAGCCUCUUGCUCCACCAACCCGCCCGUCCGCCAGCACAAACUUGCCCUCCCCGCUCCGCCAGCCUGCCCGCACAAUCUCCCUUUGGCCCAAGUGCCCCACCUUCGCCCAUAGACACAACUUCUGCAAUCCAACCACCCUCUGCGCGCUCGCCUGUUGCCUACGCCCGACGCGCACAUCCCCCCGCCACGACUGAAGCAGAGCCGCUGGUCAAGCUUGUUGGCACUACAGACGACGCCUCCAGGCUGAUUGGGAGCUUUUCCCGCCGCGCUGCAGCCCGCUAUGUCUCUGUCAAUUGAAGAGCUCGACGCCACAGUGCGCGCCUUCUACGAGGGCCGCGGUGAUACACAAAAACAAGCUCAAGCUACGCUGAACCAGUUCAAGGAAAACCCUGAUGCGUGGCUUCUGGUCGACAAGAUCCUUUCCGAUGCGCAGUAUCCACAGACCAAGUAUCUGGGUCUCCAAGUCCUCGACAAUGUCAUUAUGACCAGAUGGAAGGUGCUGCCCCGCGACCAAUGUCAAGGCAUCCGCAACUUCAUUGUCAACUUCAUUAUUCAGCUCUCCAACAAUGACGACACCCGCCGCGCCGAGCGCACCCUCCUCAACAAGCUCAAUCUCGUCCUCGUUUCGGUUUUGAAGCAGGAAUGGCCCCACAACUGGCCCACCUUUAUCAACGAAAUCAUAUCAUCAUGCCAUAGCAGCCUGGGAAUAUGUGAGAACAACAUGGUCAUUCUGCGCCUACUCUCUGAAGAGGUCUUUGACUACUCAGAGGAGCAGAUGACUUCGGCCAAACGACGAGAACUCAAGCAGAGCAUGUGCGACGAGUUUACCGCCAUCUACCAACUCUGCUCAGAGGUCCUGCGCACAGCCACCGAGGCCUCGCUCAUCAAGGCAACUUUGGAAACGCUACUGCGCUUCCUUAACUGGAUUCCUUUGGGAUAUAUCUUUGAGACGCCACCCAGCGGCCAAAGUCUGAUCGAGACGCUGCGAAGUCGCUUCCUCGAAGUGCCAGACUUCCGCAACAUUACGCUAAAAUGUCUCACCGAGAUCGCCGGUCUCCACACAGAGCCGGCCUACGACGACAAGCUUGUUUCCAUGUUCACCGAGACAUUAACAGCUAUUUCCAAGAUUAUUCCACUUUCGCUUGACUUGAAGAGCACAUACUCUUCUAGCAACAGCAGAGACCAGGAGUUCGUACUGAAUCUCGCUCUGUUCCUCACCAACUUUUUCACAAUGCACCUGAGUGUCAUUGAGAAUCUAAUGAACAGGGACUUCCUCACCCACGGGCACUUCUACCUCAUUCGUAUUAGUCAGAUUGACGAUCGUGAGGUCUUCAAGAUCUGCUUGGAGUACUGGACCAAACUUGUCUCGGAGCUGUAUGAUGAGAUGCAAGCACUCCCAAUCACCGACAUGAACCCCCUCCUGAAUAUGGGCAUCCCUGGAAAUGGAGCGCGUGAAUUGGCAAACUACCCCCUGAGGAAGAACAAGUACACGGAGAUUCUUUCCAACCUCCGAACGGUCAUGAUUGAAAAGAUGGUCAGGCCCGAGGAGGUUCUUAUCGUCGAGAACGACGAGGGCGAGAUUGUCCGUGAAUUCGUCAAGGAGAGCGACACGAUCCAGCUGUACAAAUCUACCAGGGAAUGUCUUGUCUUCCUUACCCAUUUGGACGUUAACGACACCGAGCAGAUCAUGUCAGAGAAGUUGGCUCGUCAAGUUGACGGUUCGGAAUGGUCAUGGGCCAACUGCAACACCCUCUGCUGGGCUAUUGGUUCUAUUUCCGGUGCCAUGAACGAGGAAACUGAAAAGCGUUUCUUGGUCACUGUUAUCAAGGAUCUCUUGGGAUUGACUGAAAUGAAGCGAGGAAAGGACAACAAAGCUGUCGUCGCCAGUAACAUCAUGUACAUUGUCGGCCAGUAUCCCCGAUUCCUCAAGGCUCACUGGAAAUUCCUUAAGACUGUGGUCAACAAGCUGUUCGAAUUCAUGCACGAGACCCACGAGGGUGUCCAGGACAUGGCUUGCGACACCUUCAUUAAGAUUGCAAACAAGUGCCGUAGACAUUUCGUCGCUCUCCAGCCUGGCGAGACGGAACCAUUCAUUGACGAGAUUGUUCGCAACCUGAGGAAGAUUACUGCAGACCUUUCGCCUCAACAGGUCCACACUUUCUACGAGGCCUGUGGUUACAUGAUCAGCGCACAAGGACAGAAGAGCAUGCAGGAGCGCCUUAUUGCCGACUUGAUGGCUCUGCCAAACUCGGCUUGGGAUAACAUCAUUGCCCAAGCUAACCAGAACCCUGCCUGCCUCCAGGAUUCCGAGGUCAUCAAGAUUGUUGGAAACAUCAUGAAGACUAACGUUGCAGCAUGCGGGUCUAUCGGAUCCUACUUUUACCCACAAAUUGGCCGGAUAUACUUCGACAUGCUGACAAUGUACCGUGCAAGCUCACAGCUCAUUGACGAAGCGGUUCAACGGGAGGGCAACAUUGCGACCAAGAUGCCCAAGGUGCGCGGGCUCCGCACAAUCAAGAAGGAAAUCCUUAAGCUCAUCAACACAUACGUCGAGAAAGCCGACGAUCUGGAGAUGAUUCACAACAACAUUGUGCCGAAGCUCUUGGAAGCCGUCUUGAUCGACUACAAGAACAACGUUCCGGACGCUCGUGAAGCAGAAGUGCUGAACGUAAUGACAACCAUCAUUAACAAACUACAUGGCAUGAUGGAGGACCAAAUCAUCAACAUCAUGGACAGCGUUUUCGAGUGCACAUUGGACAUGAUCAACAAAGACUUCUCAGAGUACCCCGAGCACCGCGUCGAGUUCUUCAAACUUCUGCGAACCAUUAACCUCCGCUGUUUCCCAGCCCUGUUGCGUCUGGAUGCACGAUCCUUCAAGUUUGUCAUCGACUCGUGCAUGUGGGCUAGUAAGCACGACAACCGCGAAGUUGAAAGUGCGGGUCUCUCCAUGUGCUUUGAGCUCAUUUCCAACAUGGCGGAAACCGACCAGCAGACUUGCAAUGCUUUCUUCCAAACGUUCUUCACUACCAUCCUCCAAGAUGUCUUCUUUGUUGUCACCGACAGCGACCACAAGGCUGGGUUCAAGUCACAGUCAAUGUUGUUGGCCAAGUUGUUCUGGCUUGUUGACUCGGACAAGCUGCAAGGCCCAAUCUACACAUCACCAGACAUGGCACCAGCAGGUACACCAAACCGAGAAUUCUUGCGAAAUUUCGUUGGCAACCUCCUGGCAACCGCCUUCCCCAACCUGCAGACUGCCCAAAUCGCAUCAUUCAUUGACGGAUUGUUUGCCACCAACUCGGACCUGAACCGGUUCAAGGUCAUCCUCCGAGACUUUUUGAUUUCUUUGAAGGAGUUCUCUGGGGACAAUACCGAACUCUAUGCCGAAGAACGCGAACAAGCGGCCAAGACGGCCAAGGAGCAGGAGCGCGAGCGUGCCAUGAAGGUCGGCGGUCUGCUGAAGCCCUCGGAAAUGGACGACGACGAAUUGUGACUUGACGUCGAAUUGGAAGCAAACGUGGCUACACGCACGCCCUACGACGCUCAAGGCGCUCCCGACGAGUCUGCAAGCGGUAAGCUCUCGAAUGACCUGGAUGGAUGGGACAUGUAUGGAUUGUGAGCGACUGUUGGGGUAAACUGUGGAGGACGCAAAAAGUGGCGGUGGUGAUGUUGGGUUGAAUGGAAAGCAUGCGAUUUGAUGCACCGUCAGAGUUUCGGGCAAGCAGGAAUGGGUUCGUUGUGGUCUAAUACCCUAUAGACCUUUCAUUUGUUCGUUUGAUGCAUGGACACAUGGCUGGCCUGGAGGUAGCGUGGCUUGGAUUACAGAUUAAAAAAAGGAGACAGGACGUUGCUGGUGGCGUGCAAGGCAACGUCGUCUCGAAAGCGAAGAAGAAACAUGGUUAAGUGCCACAAUGAUUUCCCCG